CGGGGAAAUAGCACAACAGAUUGCGCUUUUAAACAGCCUACGCCGAUAUGUAUUCUUCAGUUUCUGGUGCAUUAAACGCGAAAUCAGAAACCAACACCCACUCGGUUAACGUCAAUAAUAAUCGGUAAGGAAUAUUCGCAGUGUGAGAUGGACGAGUCGUCUCUGUUGGAUCUGCUGGAGUGUUCCGUGUGUUUGGAGCGGCUGGACACUACAGCUAAAGUCCUGCCUUGCCAACACACCUUCUGUCGCCGCUGCUUGGAGAACAUAGUCAGCUCCAGAAACGAACUGAGAUGUCCCGAAUGUCGUAUCCUAGUCGGCUGUGAGGUGGACGACCUCCCCGCGAAUAUCUUGCUGGUCCGCCUGCUGGACGGGAUCAAACAGCGGCCACGGAAUGCAGGCAGUACCAGGCAGUCCCAGGUGGGGGGCGGAGAGUCAUUGGGUUGUGCAGCCGGGAUCAGCGCCUCUCCCCCGGGCAGUGGGAUCAGAGACCUGCCGGUGGCCACAAGGAGCUCCCCCGUCAAGAGUGUUCCGGCCCUGCCCUGUGGGAAGGCUCUCUACUCCUACGAGGGGAAGGAACCCGGAGACCUGCAGUUCGCUAAAGGUGACAUCAUCAUCCUGCGACGUAAAGUCGACGACAACUGGUACCACGGGGAGCUGAACGGUUGUCACGGUUUCCUUCCAGCUAGUUACAUCGUGUUGUUACGGCCGCUGAGCCAAACUCCACCAACAGGAAAGGCCCUGUAUGACUUUGAGGUCAAAGACAAAGACCAGGACAAAGACUGCCUGGCAUUCUCGAAGGAUGAGGUUCUGACAGUGAUCAGACGAGUGGAUGACAACUGGGCAGAGGGCAUGCUGGGAGAUAAGAUCGGGAUCUUCCCCAUCCUCUACGUAGAGCUAAAUGAAACAGCCAAACAGUUGAUGGAGAUUGACAAGCCGACACCCAAUCCCGUCCCUGGCCCCAGCUCUGACCCACCCCCCGGCCUCCCAUUGGGUCCCUGCUCCUCUGGCCCCUCCCCUAAGCCAUCCUCUCCAGGAAGCAGCAAUGGCGCCCUCCAGAGGCGAGGGGAGGAGAGGAGAGGAGGAGAGGAGAGGAGAGGAGGAGAGGGGAAGAAGAAUGCUAAGAAGCGCCACUCCUUCACAGCUCUGAGUGUGACGCAGCGGACAGCACAGCUCAACAACAGACACAGUAUGGAGAUCUCCCACCCUGUCCUCAUCAGCUCCUCUGACCCCAGGGCUGCUGCACGGAUACAGGACUCUCCCCCUGGUCCCUCUCCCUCCUCAGUAGGGGUUCUGGUUCCUCCCAGAGUGGCUUCAGUCACCUCAGAACUGCUGGCUCAAGCCAAGGUCCAACUACCACUCAACAUCUACCUGGCCCUGUAUGCGUAUAAACCCCAGAAGGCAGAUGAGUUGGAGCUGAGGAAAGGAGAGAUGUACCGCGUCACAGAGAAGUGUCAGGACGGGUGGUUUAAAGGAACCUCUCUACGCACCGCGGCUUCAGGUGUCUUCCCUGGAAACUACGUCACACCCGUGUCCAGAGCUCCGUUUGCGGUGGGUGGUUCGCGGAACUCCUGUCUCUCAGGGCAGGUGGGAGGGGCGGGACAGGGGAGUAAGGCAGCCUCCCCUUCCUCCCCCCAGUCUGCCGCUGCUCAGCUGAAGAACUGCCUUCGCUCUGGACAACAAACAGUUAACCAGGCCCGCUCUGCCAUGCAACUGGUCCACAGCCCGCCCGCCAGCAGCCCAGAGCGUCCCACAGCGGCCAUCUCUCCUCUCCGACGUCAGAACUCCUCCCCCUCGCGCUGCGCUGGCCAAUCGGCUCGCCCAAUUGCUGCCCUGCUCAAUGGAGAAUCAACCAAUCCCUUCCAGCCACCCUCACCUGGCCCCUCCCACAGCAACGCCCAGGGGGCAGUCCCCCCAAAACCAGAGAAGAAAGAGAAGAAAGGAGGUCUGCUAAAGCUUCUCUCGGGAGCCGCGGCCAAGAAGAAGUCAUCGCGCUCUCCCCCAUCCUCCCCCCCGACCCUCCCCCUGUCGGGUGCCGUCCUCCCACAUCACACCCGCUCUGGCUCCUGUCCAAUGGAAGCUCAGGGGCGUGCCGGGUCUUGUCCAAUUGAGAGUGAGAUGGUGGGGGCCAUGGGGUUAGAGCCUCUGCACAGGAAGUCAGGAUCCCUCGACCUCAACUUCCCCCGGUCGCCCCCGACGCCCCGCACCGGAAACGCACUGCUGGCCCUCCGGCCUGAACCCAAACCCCUGUCCAGAGAGAGGUAUCGUGUGGUUGUGCCCUACCCCCCUCAGAGCGAGGCAGAGAUCGAGCUGAGAGAGGGAGACGUGGUGUUUGUUCAUAAGAAGAGAGAAGAUGGCUGGUACAAAGGCACUCUGCAGAGGACUGGACGCACUGGGCUCUUCCCCGGCAGCUUCGUAGAAAUCUUCUGA